CAUACAUGCAACUUCCUUUAGAUACCCCGUCCCUGAAAUCUCUUAUUUAAGACUCCACUCAUCUUCUCAUUUCCAUCAGAAAGAAACAUGGCCAGUGAUUCCCUUAGCUUUGAAGACUUUCUACCUUCAAUGGCUCAGCGGCUUGGAGCGGAGGGGCUGAUGGAGGAGCUGUGCAAAGGCUUUCAGCUGUUGAUGGAUCCAGCAAGGGGUCUCAUCACCUUUGAGAGCUUGAAGAGGAACUCGGUGGCAUUGGGGCUGGAAGGUUUAGGAGAUGAGGAGCUCAUGGGCAUGGUGAGGGAGGGGGACUUGGAUGGAGAUGGGGCUCUAGACCAGAAGGAGUUCUGUGUGCUCAUGGUCAGAUUGAGCCCAGAGCUGAUGGAAGGGUCUGACAGGGUUCUGGGAGAAGCUCUCCAGGCAUUCAAGUCUUUUGUGGACUGAUAACCUUCUCGUUUGUUGUUUAGGCUCCACUGACUGGUUGUAGACUUGCAGUCAUCUCUAAUCUCUAUGUAACAUAACAAGUUUGUCGCAGAAAUUCUGUUCACUUAUGUUUUAUCCUCUUUUAUCUUUCAUUUCUACAUAUCUUUACAUCAUGGUUGGCCCCAGUAAUGCCAUGCUUGCAAAAAAAAGCAAUCCUCAUCCUUCUCUUAAGAUUGAUUGUUGGGCAAACCAAGAGCAUUGUAUACUGUGGCCAUUUUCUUGCCGAGGCUAUCACAUACUUCAGGUCCUUGUAGUCUUGGGCAAGGCCAAGUAGUAGGAGGGUUGCAAGCUUGGUUUUGAAAGUUUGAACCACAAACAGGACUCCUUAAUGUGGGUCUCAAAUGAUUCAUGUCUGAUUUCAGAGGGGUAAGGUAUGGCUUACACUUUUUGGGGAUUAUCUUUGCCUACAUGCGUGAAUAUAUUUAGCUUUUCUGAAUGAUGCAUGCUUACCAUCACUUUCCCAGAAAUACAAUGGGCUAAACUUAUAAACAGUCUGUUUGCUCCCAUUAUACCAGAACUGAAAGGUGACGAUCGUCUCACGAAAUUAGAGAGCACUUCGGUACA